GACCAGUCUUCCGUUCCAUAGGCGACUCUUACACGGAGACUCGUCAUCAAACAUGGCUGCGACGUCUGCUGCUGCUCUCCUCCAUCCCGUCUAUCCACCUUCGACUGCUGUUGAAAGAUUGUUGGAAAGAGGUUCUGGUGCCCCACAUUAUUAAUACACCGUAUCCACCGCCUUCACCGCGGAGUUAGCAGAAUUGAAGUUUCGCCACUUUGGGCUGCACACGUUGGAAUCCAGCUCGCAUAAUCACUGCCAUGCGCCGCGCCUGGGCGCGUGAAUGACUGCGGGCUCGAGUGCUAGACUGCGCAACCCAAUGUGAGCCUUGACUUGGCUGCGCUGUAGCACCGCGACGCAAACGAGAAAGGAAAGAGCGACCCACGCGCGACCGCAACCACCAUGUCCACACCAGCCCACGCACGAUUCCAUCACGACGACUCUCUGGCUAUGAACGGUUACAGCCUCCGACCCUCCCCGAACGUCAUGCAUGCCGGCACCCCGCCGAUAACGGCGACCUAUGACGAUUUCGACAUGGCAUACGCGCACACGCAGGCAUAUGGCAUGGGCGACGGGCCGAGAGGAAGCGUGGACAACACAAGUGAAGGUAACGUGAGCGGCCUUAGUUUACCGCUGCGCAAGAUGAGCGCAGUGGGUAGCCCUGGUACUUUGGUGCAAGACGGGAACAACAACAGUCCAUACACAAUGGAGGAGGCCUCUGGAUCCGGCACUAAGCUGGAGAGUAACGACGGCGCUGGCUACUCUCCAGCCUCCAGAAGGAGCAAAGACGAGGGCCAGGAAACACCGCAAUGGAGCGAGCUGAAGACAAAGGCUGGGAAGGAGCGAAAAAGACUGCCGCUAGCAUGCAUUGCAUGCAGAAGGAAGAAGAUUCGCUGCUCAGGCGAAAAGCCAGCAUGUAAGCAUUGUCUAAGGAGCAGGAUCCCGUGCGUGUACAAAGUUACGACAAGAAAAGCUGCGCCGAGAACAGAUUACAUGGCCAUGCUCGACAAGCGUCUGAAACGGAUGGAGGAUCGCGUCAUCAAACUUAUUCCCAAAGAGAGCUUACCGUCUGUCGCAAACGUCAGGCGAUCGAUAGUCAAGCCACCCAUACCUGGUGCACCGCCAAAAACGCCAGCGACCAAAAAGCGCCUUGCUGAAGAAGCAUUUGGAAACGAAUUGGACGACUGGUCCAAGGCCAAGGCCCCAAAUCCAGAUGCAGCGGGGCAGGCAUCACGUGCGCUUGAAUCGGACGAGAACAAGCUCCUCACAGACGGCGCAGAAAGCCUGCCAUCACGGGAGAUACAGGAGCACCUCACGGAAGUGUAUUUUGAUCACGUAUAUGGCCAGAGCUACCCUCUUCUGCACAAGCCGAGUUUCGUCAGGAGGUUGGCUGCUGGCAAGGUGCCGCCAGUGCUUACUUUGGCAAUUUGUGCCAUAUCAGCACGAUUCUCAACACAUCCACAACUACGGACAGAGCCGUGUUUUCUGCGAGGCGAUGACUGGGCGGAGAAGGCAAGAGAGAUUGCUUUGAAACGCUAUGAUUCUCCAAACAUCACAAUUUUGAUCGUUUAUAUAAUCUUGGGACUUCACGAAUUUGGAACUUGUCAAGGUGGACGGAGCUGGAUGUUUGGCGGCAUGGCGCAGAGGAUGGCAUAUGCGCUGCAGCUCCACAAGGAGAAUGAAUUUGACCCUUCUGUUAGUGAGGCUGACCGAAAGCCACUCAGUGCUACUGAUCGGGAGAUUCGGCGGCGGACCAUGUGGUCGUGCUUCCUCAUGGAUCGAUUCUGCUCGUCCGGCACGGAUCGACCGUUGUUUGUGCACGAACAACACAUCGAACUGCAGCUACCUGUAAAAGAGCACCUCUAUCUCCACGAAAUCCAAGCGCCAACCGAAGAUCUGAAAGGCGGCGUGCCUAACCCAGUCCCACCUGACAGCGGCCAGUUAGCAGACCCUCGCGACAACAUGGGCGUUACGGCGUACACGAUUCGACUGGUCUGCAUUUGGGGCAAGCUCAUCAAGUACAUGAAUUUGGGUGGCAAGGAUAAAGAGGCGAUUCCAAUGUGGUCGCCUCAAUCGUCCUUCCAUUCCCUCAAGAAGGAAGCCAAAGAGUUCAAAGACUCCCUUCCUGAGAUGCUCAUGUAUACGCCUGAGAAUCUUAAGAGCCACGCCAUCGGCAAGACUGCUAAUUCAUUUCUGUACCUCCACAUCCUGUGGCAGCAGAUCAAGCUCUUCAUCCACCGCUUCGCCUUGCCCUCGACGGCAGGUGCGCGGCCACCAAGAGACAUGCCUCAUGAUUUCCUCGCAGAAUCAGCCCGUGCCGCACUCGACGCUGCGAAUCAAAUUUCACUACUCAUCAACGAAGCAAUGGACCACACUGUUGUCGCACCCUUUGCAGGCUACUCUGCGUUCUUCUCGUCGACGGUCCACAUCCAUGGUGUUUUUUCGAAGAAUGCCAAGCUUGAGGCUCAAUCGAAAAGAUAUCUAGCAUACAACGUCAAGUAUCUGACCAAGAUGAAGAAGUAUUGGGGCAUGUUCCACUACAUCGCAGAGAACUUGAAGGAUUUAUACCGGCAACACGCAGACGCACAGCUUCAAGGACAAGGCGCAGCGGCCAAUGGGACCCAAAAGGCCAGCAUUUUCCAAUACGGAGACUGGUUCGACCGAUACCCACACGGCGUCUCCAAAACCGACUACGAGGAUGCCGCAGUGCCAAACCACAAGGAGCCAGGCUCGGACGCUGCACUCGGGCAUAAAAGUGACCUCCAAAGCGUUGAGGAGUUCUUCGCCUCGCUCUCUCCACCCUCAAAAGGCGACCAACGCAAGCAAGCCCGCAAGAACAAGUCGAAAUCCGUCUCGAAACCCGAACCCCACCACCCCGCAAUCACAGAGCCCAUCAAACCCCACCGACAAAGCAGCCAAGUCCAACACGCCCCCCAUCUGCGACAACAACUCAGCCAAAUCAACAUGGCCGCCCCAGACACCAUGGACACGACCUUCGACCCCUCGCACUACUUCCCGCAAUCCCAACACACACCCUCGCAAACCUUCAUCGCCGAAUUCGCAGGCCACAGCCACCCCCUCCUCAACACCUCGCCCACCCUCAUGCACACGCCGCACAACCACGCGCAGAUCGACACGUCCAUGUCGCCCUUCCCCGACCUCGCUGCAGACUUCAACUCUAACUUCUGGAACAUGGAUCCUAUGGGCUUGUCUACGCCACACGCCCAUCAGCACAACUUCUUCGACCCUAUGAGCGCGUACUUUGUCCCCUUCAACGUUGACCCUCCGACGCUGCCGGACGCAGAUGUGUUUGGUGGCGGGGCGAGCGAGGCGUUUGGGUUUAGUCUGGGAGCCGGGGAGAGUGUCGAUAUUGAUAUGGUGAGUGGCGGGUCGCGCGCGGGCGGGCUGAGGCGGCAGGACGAGGAGGGCAGGGGUGCGUGUCGGACUGGGAGCGGGAUUCUGGAGGGUAUGGAGGCAUUGGGCGGGAUGGAGAGGGAUGAGCGGUGAUGCUGGGUAGAUGGAUAGAUGGAUGGAUGGAUGGAUGGGAUAUACCAUGGUGUUUUCUGGGCAGUUUGGGGUUAUCUUAAUUCAUGAAGUUCGGAACGGGUAUGGACAGGAUAUGGAAAUAUUAUGCAUGGAUAGGGCGC